ACUACUUGGUGCCGUGCCAUGCCUUUGUUCGUGUUUUCUUUAUUUGAUAAAAACACAGAUUUUAAUUUAAUUUAAAAAACGAAAUGAAGCGUAAAAUAUCCAGUUUAGAUGAUCAAGAGGCGAGGUUGUCACAGCUUUUAUUCAGCAAGUCUAAGAAUUUGGUUGAAAAAUUAAUACCUUUGGAGAAUAUAGACCAUAAUGAAGAUCUAAAACCAGUCUGGGAAGACGAAGAUGACCUACAGUAUAACAUAAAAAAUGUCAACUCAAGUACUAAUGCUGCCAGGUUGAAACAAAAGUUUGAAAACCUAGUAGGCACACCAGCUUGGGCAAAGAUAAAUAUUCAAAAGUCAAACAACGAAGAAGAAGAAGAUAGUGAAAUUUUAAGAACAGUUGGUCAUAUUAAAAAGAAGAAAAAUGUGCAACUGCCUACUGAUUAUCUUGAAGUUAAAGUCUUGCCACAUAUAAAUAAAGAAACUCAUAAUGAAGGGCGAAUUAUAUCAUGUAUUGAAUUCCAUCCAAAGUUGAGUGUAGCUCUUGUUGGUGGCACUGCUGGUACUGUAUCCAUAAUUUCUAUUGGCGGAGAUGUAAAUAACAAAUUACAUAGUUUCAAACUUCAAAAGUGGAAAACUCACGCAGCUCAAUUUACCCCCAGUGGUUCAGAAGCAUAUCUGGCUACAAAUCUAAGCAAUAGUUAUUGUGUUUAUGAUCUAGUAAAAGCUCAGCCAAGACUAUAUCAAUUACCGCAGGUAUCGAAAGCACCGAAAUUGUUCCAGUUAUCACCUGAUGGGUGUUAUAUUGCAGUUUCAGAUGGCUUUGAUGAAGUAUUUUUGAUAAGUGCAGCAUCAAAGGAACUUUUGAGAUGUCUGAAACACAAUUCAAUAAUAGAAUCAUUGACAUUUAACCACAAUAGUGAACAACUCUAUUGUUAUGAUGCACAAGGUGUGAUCACAAUUUGGGAUUUAUCAACAUUUAGACCUAUAAAGAAAUUCUAUGAUAAUGGCUGUGUGAAAGCAUCUUGCAUAACAAACAGCCCUUGUGGACGACUUUUGGCUACAGGAAGCUGUGAAGGCAUUAUAAAUAUCUAUGAUGUAUCAAAACUAGACACAACUGAACCACUUCCUAUCACAACAAUUUCAAAUUUGACAACCAAGAUUUCAAAUCUUAAAUUUAAUGCGACCACUGAAAUACUUGCAGCCUGUUCAGAAUUGAUUCCAAAUGCUGUAAAACUAGUUCACAUCCCAUCAUAUCAUGUUUUUGCAAACUUUCCCGAUCAGUCUGCAAAGUUGUCCAAAAUCACAACUGUUAAUUUUUCUCCUAAUAGUGGAUAUAUGACUAUAGGCAAUGAUAAAGGAUGUGCCAAAUUGUACAGACUGAAAUAUUAUAAGAAUUACUAAAUAUGUACCUCCCUACACAUUACAUUUAUUACCAAC